GUCCCCCUUCAUGCUUGUCCUGUGUGAUGUUCUUAAAUGCUUUCUGUGUAGCCCACAAAGAGACACGUCAGUAACUGAAGCCGAGUUCCUUGUGUGAACUUCGUGGCGUGCCAGCUCUUUGCCCUGCUGGCGGCCGUUUGGUUUCGGACUUACCUCCGUUCAAGCAAAACCAGCUCCUUCGUGAGACAUGUCGUCGCGACUCUUUUGGGCCUUUAUCUUGCACUGUUUUGCUUUGGAUGGUGUCCGGUGAGGCAGGAAGUCAGGGAGCGUGCUGUCCCGGGCAGAGCUGCUCGGAGGCGCCUCAGUGGUUCCUUCUGCGUCUCCCUCCCUUGGGCAGCGUCUCCCUUUCUCGCUGCUCUGCUGGUCCAGCCGUGUGUUUAGUCUCGAAGGUACGCCUUACACUUUCUCGUGCAGACGGGCAUUUCCUACGGUAUCAUGGUCAUAAUGGGGGCGGAGAACAUGCACAGAUAUUGUUUUGUGUUUGCUUUGGGAUACCUCAUAGUGUGCCAAAUUACUAGAGUGUAUAUCUUUGAUUAUGGACAAUAUUCUGCUGAUUUUUCAGGCCCAAUGAUGAUAAUUACCCAGAAGAUCACUAGUUUGGCUUAUGAAAUUCAUGACGGGAUGUUUCGAAAGGAUGAAGAACUGACUCCAUCACAGAGAGAUUUAGCUGUAAGGCGAAUGCCAAGCCUCCUGGAGUAUUUGAGCUACAACUGCAACUUCAUGGGAAUCCUGGCCGGUCCCCUCUGCUCCUACAAGGACUACAUCACUUUCAUCGAAGGCCGAUCAUACCAUGUGACACAGGCAGGAGCAGAUGGCAAAGAGGAGCCACACUGUGAAAGGCCGGAGCCGUCCCCCAAUGCGGCGGUCUCGCAGAAGCUGCUGGUCUGUGGACUUUCCUUACUGGUCCACUUGACCGUCUCAAACAUGUUGCCCGUGGAGCACAACAUCGAUGCGCGUUUUCGAGCCACAGCUUCGUGGCCCACGAAGGUUAUCUACCUGUAUGUCUCUCUCUUGGCUGCCAGACCCAAAUACUAUUUUGCAUGGACGUUAGCCGAUGCUAUUAAUAAUGCUGCAGGCUUUGGUUUCCGAGGCUAUGACAGAAAUGGAGAAGCUCGUUGGGACUUGGUUUCCAAUUUGAGGAUUCAGCAAAUAGAGAUGUCAACGAGUUUCAAGAUGUUUCUUGAUAAUUGGAAUAUUCAGACGGCUCUUUGGCUCAAGAGGGUGUGUUAUGAACGAGCCACCUUGAGUCCAACCAUCCAGACAUUCGUCCUGUCUGCCAUCUGGCACGGGGUGUACCCGGGAUACUAUCUGACGUUUCUGACCGGAGUGCUGAUGACGUUAGCAGCACGGACUAUGAGAAGUAACGUGAGGCAUUAUUUCAUCGCAUCUCCCCAACUGAAAUGGGUGUAUGAUGUCAUCACCUGGAUGGUCACGCAGAUAGCAGUGAGUUACACAGUCGUGCCGUUUGUGCUGCUCUCCAUCAAACCAUCGUUCACGUUCUACAGCUCCUGGUAUUACUGCCUUCACAUUAUUGGUAUCUUAGUAUUAUUGUUGUUACCCAUGAAAAAAACUCAAAGAGGAAAGAAUACACAUGAAAAUAUGCAGCUGUCACGAUCCAAAAAGUUUGAUGACACAGGAAAUUCUUUGGAACAGAACAGCUUUUCCACGACAAACAACGUUUGCAGUCAAGAAACAGCCUCUCGACACUCACUAUUGAAACAGUGAUGGGAGGUGCGCUGUGGCUUCCUUGUGUGUCAGCAGCAGCCGUCUUAGCACUUUCUCCGGGGUCUGGGUGUGUGUGGAGAGAAUCGGUGGGGAAGCAGUUGCUGAUAGGGAAUUUCCUGGGCACUUGAUUGGAAAUGGAGCGAAGUAACCCCUCCCAUGUCAUGUCCCGUGGCCACGCCUUAUAGAAAAUAUUUCCAUGAUUUCAAUGGGCACUUGGGACCUCAGUAUAUGUCCGUUGGGUCAUAUGUGUGCCCUGUUGCUGAAUGUACGUCGUGUGUCCCCGGGCACUGAAGAGGUGGGAAAAGAUUGUGUCAAUCUGGGUGAUUGAGAGAAAUUAACUUUUCCAAAUGAAUGUCUUGCCUUAAACCCUCUAUCUCCUAAAAUAUUGUCCCUCCAUGGUAUUUUCAAGUGUAACAUUGUGAGAAAUUUAUUUCAAUAUUUGAUGUUGUG